UCUUACGGCCUUGAAGCGACCAAUGUGGCUGCUCGGAUCUACAUCCCAAAUGAUGACGAUGGUGGACGAGCGCGUCUCUCCCUCCGCACGUUCCAUGCAGAGCCCGACCAACCCGUCCACCGUCCACAGCAUCGAGGCCAUCCUGGGCUUCAAGGACGACACCAUCUUCCACCAGCCAGCCUCUUACACCGGGACACAGAGAGACCCGGAGCGCGGCGGGAACGUUCCUGUGACCCAGAGGAAGAAAAGUCAUUACACUGACAGUUGUGACAGUGUGUGCACCGCGGAAGCUUCCGCAGGUCCCGACUCGCCGGACAGAGACGGGAAGCUGUCCGACGACGAGAACCAGAAAAAGAAGCACCGCCGGAACCGAACCACCUUCACCACCUUCCAGCUCCACGAACUGGAGCGGGCCUUCGAGAAGUCCCAUUACCCGGACGUGUACAGCAGAGAGGAGCUGGCCCUAAAGGUCAACCUGCCGGAGGUCCGCGUGCAGGUGUGGUUUCAAAACCGACGAGCCAAGUGGCGUCGUCAGGAGAAGCUGGAGGUGAGCGCCAUCAAGCUGCAGGACACCCCUUCACCGUCUCUUCUGUCUUUUGGUCGACCCACCACCGGCUCCCUGGGCUCCGGGCUGCCGCUGGAGCCCUGGCUCUCCACCCCUAUCACAUCUUCGGCCCCUCUGCAGUCGCUGCCGGGCUUCAUCAGCGGCUCACAGACCCUGCCAGGGGCCUACGCUCCCUCUCCUCCCCCAUCCAUGCCUCCUUCCUUGCCAGCAUCUAUAUUCAGCUCCCCAGGCCUGGGACACGGUCCUCACCUUUCCCACAUCAGUUCUAUGUGCUCCCUGCCACCCACAUACCAGUGCUCAGCCAACCCAAGGAACUCCAGUAUAGCCUCACUGAGGAUGAAAGCCAAGGAGCACAUUCAGUCUAUUGGGAAGACGUGGUGAUGCCAAACGAAGGUUAAGAUGGACAUGCACAUCCAGAAGACAGUGAUUUGAAAAGAUUUUAUCUUUCUGCAGAUCGGAUUGUAAGAUUCUGGACGUCCCAAUCCCAAGAAAAAAAACAAAACAAAAAAAAAACUGUCAAAUCCUGACAGGCAGGACAUCAGUUCCUCAGUUCCUGAAACAUUGUAAAGAAAAAAUUUAAAAGUUCAGUAACUUUAAACUAUAAAUACAGUUAU